GAGAUAAUAGGUUGCAUAUUGCAGAGAAUCUGCAUAAUCAGCACGAUUUGGGAUUGAAUAAACUGUUGGAUGGAACAGGAGAGAAAAAAUAAAUCACACCUUCCAGGAAAAAACACAGAUUCUACUGCAUGUUUGCCUAUGAGACGCAGAUUUUACAGAGACUGGCUGUUCUGGUGGUGUGCCAUGGCUUGGCAAUGGGUCAGACCACCUCACAGCACUUCCUGGUGCAGCGAUCCAUGUCCUGGUCCAAAGCCCGGGAGUUCUGUAAGAGGCACUAUGUGGACCUCGCUGUCCUAAACACAGAAGAGCAAUAUUUCACUCUCCUCAAUGCCACCAUUACAAACAAAGUCAGCUUUUGGCUUGGUCUGCAGCGCCAGAGCAUCUUCAGUGGCUGGAGCUGGGUGAAUGGGGAAGAGCUGAGCUACAAACUCUGGUACAGGAGAAAUUAUGAAGGCCGCUGCGCAAGUUUGGAGGCCAUGUUGGAGGGAGACAAGAAGUUGCUGGCUCGCUAUUGUGAUGAGCAGCAUAUGUUUGCCUGUCAAGGUCCAGUUUCCCCACAACAAGUUAUGGUGGACUCAGUGGGCGCUGAUCAGUUAAAUCUCAGCUGGAACCUGUCUGCCUUUAUGCAAAUGACACCACACAGUUAUAACGUGACAACAUGCACAAGCACAUGUGACACGCACUUUUACUCCUCCACCAAUGGCUCCACCUUCAUGAACAUCAGCAUCUCCAACUUAACUUCAACCACUAAGUACUUCAUCAAGAUCGUUGCCUUUGUUUUUCGGCCUGACAGUGUUACUGGUGGAAAUACUCUCCUUCAGAGCGACCCCAUAACUCUACAAGUCAAAAGAGCGGAUUCUUAUGAGCAGGACAAAGUCAUCACUGUCACUUUGAAGUUGCUCAAGCUUGUGUAUCUGGCUCUUCCUCUGUUGAUUCUUUUUUGUAUCCUGAAAAAAGACAAGCCUCCUGUCUUGUAUGGUGAUGCUGAUUUUGAGUCAGAUCAUGAUGUCUCAUCAGUGGAAACAAUUAUUGAUGUGAUCCCUGAGAAAACCAGAAGAAUGGGCUGAAGGUUGGGGUGGGGGGUGGGGUGUCUGCACCUCCACUGAAAAAUCCAUGAGAUUUGGGUCUAGAAUCUAUAUGGUUUCAUCUAGACUUUGUAUUGAUUUACUAUCAUCUUAUCGUCUCUUCCACUGAAACCGACAGACUACCUGCAUCAAUUUAUUAUUCAGUCAUUUUUAAGAUAAUGUAAACAUAGCAUAAGCUAAUGUGUUAGCACGAUUGAUCUACAGUGGACACAUGGAUGACUGUGGUGUCAACAAAAAGGUUUACUUCAGGCUGGGAAGCAUGUGAUCUCUAUUAUGAGGCCCUCUUUCUGUCUAGAUUAAGUUAAGAUUAGUAUUGUAAAUUCAACAAAGGAAACCACAAACAUGUUCUCUAGUUAUUAGUAGUGUAGUUUUAUUAUUAAACCGUAGGUGGCACCAGCCUUUCUGUGACUUCAUGUGAGUGCAGAUGUGAAAGAAGAAUUCCUAAAGUAUUAGCUACAAUUUUUGUAUUUCAUUUUUUUUUUUUUUGGGGCUUUUGUUCUUUACAGAUAAUGUGACAAUUAAAACUUCACAAAGGGAUUAUGUUAGUUGGUUUAUUUCAAAAGGCAAAAUGUCAAUAAAUGUAAAAUCGUCCAGUGUUAGUUGAGAAGGGUAAACUUCAUCUGGUAUCCCCAGCCAGAAUUUAUAAAGAACCCUAGGAACUGAUGUGAACUCUUUCAGUGAAACUAUAUAGCCUAUGAGAAGAUUUUAUUCCAAAUCAAGGCUUAAAGUGAAACAUUAGUGCAUUAACAUGCACUGUUACGUUAUUUGUAUUAGUUUUUGUUUGUUUUGUGUUCUUUGCUAUCAGUGCAGACUACAUAAUAUAAAAUUUUAUAUAUUUACUAACAUCAUUUUUAAGAGACAGUGUCAAUAAGCCACACUUACUAUGUCAAAUGUUUUGAAGCUUUUUGGGGUAUUGAAUUUAUUUGGAUGUUUUGGAUCGAAAGCAAAAAUUCACAUUUUAAAGCAGUAAAACAACAUUUACACAAUACUCUUAAUCUAAGCUAAGCAUUCAGAACAGUUGUGACAAUUAAGGAAAUGGACAUGAACUGCAUAAAGAAAUCUUGCCGUUCUCAUGUGUCUCAGGCCUUUAGGCUUGGUCUUUUUGAGCUCUGAGUACAUUUGGGAUAUUAUGUAAUAUUCUGUUUGGGAUACUGAACAACACUUUACUUAACAGUAGAAAUGUACUGUACAGGGUUCCUAUUAAAUUAGAGUUUCUAAGACCUGUCAAUGUGUAAAAGUAUGAUGGAAAGCCAGUGGGGACAAUAGGGCUUAGAAUAAUCUCCCAAGGAGAGAUACCAAAAAAUUUUAAAACUCGCAUUACUGCCUGCAGCAGGCAAGAGAAAGUAUUCAAGACUUUGAAAUAUGACUUUGAAAUCAAAGACUUCUUAAUACUUUAUAAGGUCUUUUUUUUUUUUUUUUGACCUGCAG